CAGUAGACAUUGAACAAUUUCAUUGCGUAAAUAAAGUCUUACACAACAACACUGAACCAUUUUUAAUUGAUGUGAAGACUUGUUUUAGCUUUUAAAAAGGUAGCCAACAGUCUGACAAAGCCACUCAAUAGAACGUUCCCGCAUUCCGGUUAACAAAGGCACCAACUCGAGGCUCAGGUAGACAAAAUACAGUCACCUCACUUCGCCUAUCCUCUUCGUGCCUCGUGACACUUAAAGCCUUCACAGACUCCCUCCAUUUAGCUUGGUUAGCCGCAACGGGCUUCACUUCCAUUGGUCAAUUCAGCUUAGGGACCUCCUGUUGGCUUUGGCCAAUGCGCCUCAUAGAGUCACUCCUGUUGUGAGGACCGGCCACAGUAUUUCCUUGAUAAAGUGAAUUUUCUCUGCUUCUGGCUUCGGUAACAAUAGGGUUUUACGGGAGGAGGUUAUCAGCCCUCAGCCCAACCUCCAACCGGGAGGACCAGGGGACCACACUUAGUCUGGUCUCUAUCCUUCGUCCUGUUCAGCAUGGGUGGCCCUACCAGGAUUUAAAGACUCCAGCCAAGAUACCGUAAAAUUCCGAAAGUAGGCCUCGGGGCUUAUAUUUUUCAAAGCCCUUUUUGAUGGGCUUUUUUUUGGAGGGGCCUAUCUGCGGAGGGAAAUUUGCGUUUUGAAAUCGAUUGAGCUAGCCUUAUAUUUGGAAGUAAAUUUACCGUUUUUACUUUGUUUUUCUUCGUAUUUGAGGGCAAUUUUUCAAGUACAAGCCCCCGGGGGGCUUAUAUUUGGAUAGGGCGAUUUAACGGAGGGUCUUUUACGUUACCGGUUUGGGGGGCUUAUAUUUGAAGGGGCUUAUACAUGGAGGGGCUUAUUUUCGGAAUUUUACAGUAGCUCUAUGGGUCAUUGAGACACACAAACUAUUCCACCAUGGUAAGGUGGUUGGAGUGGACAUAAAAUACAGUGAUUUGUAUGAAAUUGUCCACGAAAGUCUUGACCUCCUUUCUUCUUGUUUGCUCCCUGAAGCAGAAUGCAGGAAAGGUCAAGUAACUCUUUCAUUCUGACAUCGAGUUACAAUGAGACGAUUUGUCAUUCUAAUUUUGAAUCUGUGGUCGAAAUGCUGUGGUAUUUCCAUUCAAAUUACAGUAGCUCCUCGAUAACUCAAACUCGGAUUAGGAUAACUCGAAUUCUCCAUUAACUCGACCAAAAUGUCCUUUUUCGUGAUCAAAAUUUCACUAAAAUUUAUUUCCAUAACUCGAACCAACUCGAACCCCUCGAGUUCGAGUUAUCGGGGGUUUACUGUAGUUAAGUGAACGAAUUUUUGGGAUAGGUGUUAAGAUCGAAAAAAAAUAAUCAUAACUGUAAUGACCUUUUCUGUUGUUUUCUUUCAGCGGCCAUAUUUGUAGUUACUUUCCUUCUCCUGGGAUUUAACUUGAGUAUUGCAUUGAUUGUAACUUUUACCGUUGCUGUAAUCAUUGUUAACUUGCUUGGGCUGAUGUACGUCUGGGAUAUAUCGUUAAAUGCAGUGUCAUUGGUCAACUUAGUCAUGGUAUGUUGCAAUUCAGAUUCAGAUAUUUUAUUUUUCUGCAUUAUUUCAAGAGGUUGCUUCAAAAAUUACAACGCAUUACAAAAGUGAGAAAAGAUAAAACAACAAAUUACAUAAAUCAUCAACAGUGAAAUGUGUGCAUUGACCAAAGGAGCUUAGGCUUUCCAGUUAGUCACUGCCAAGUGCAUUAGCUAACUGGCCUAGACAUCAAACAUACACGCCACACCGCCAUCAUUAUGCAAAUUAAAACGCUGGACGUAGUAAACUUACUGGUGAGGAAAAGCUUAACCCUUUGAGUGCCAAUGGUGACCAACAACAAUUUUCUCCUAACAAUAUUCAUACAUUGUCAAGAGAUAAGGUAAUGAGAAUUAACAAAAUGAUCACCAAAGGGAAAAUGCCUUGAUCUUUUAUCAAAUUCUCUCAAGUAAUUCUUAAAGGAAAUGUAUGGAGAUCAGUUGGGAGAAUUUGUAUGUGGAUAUUGGGGCUUAAAGGGUUAGACAGGAAAUUUCCUCAAGUUGCUUAAUUUCGUGUGAGUAAAAAUAGGCCCCCCUUUCUCAAAUCCAACAAUUCCAGAUUCCUAUUCGUUGUGAAUUGCACGGACACAUUCAUUUAACAUGUUCUUAAGAACUCAGAAGGUUUUGUGGGUAAAGGGAUUGUAGUACAAUUCCAGUUUAUGUAAAAAUCUCGUUUCUACUUUGAACUUAGUAUUCUGUUAAAUGUAGACUGCUAGCUGUCUCUCUUUUUCUUCAGAAUUAAUAAUAAUAAUAAUAAUUUAUAAUAAUAAUUUUAUUUAUAUAGCGCUAAAAUCCAAUAAUUGUCCAAAGCGCUACCUAAUUACAAAAUAAAAUAUAAAAAAUAUAAAAUAUAAAAUAUCUACAAUAUACAAUAUAAUUCAAAUAUAGCCUAAGUUAUCUACUAUAUAAAUCAAAAACAUCUCAAAACAAAAGGAAUCUCAUAACCUAUAUGCUAACUUAAAUAAAAAAGUUUUAAGGGAUUGCUUAAAAGUCGCCACUGAAGCACAUUUUCUAAUCUCUAGAGGUAAAUCGUUCCACAAUUUAGGUCCUGCAAUAGAGAAAGCUCUGUCUCCAUAUGUUUUCAAUCUGCUUCUUGGAACCACUAAGUAUUCUUUACAUGAAGAACGCAAUGACCUAGAGUAUGUUUUAAAAUUCAAAAGGUCAGAAAUAUAAGAAGGUGCAAGGCCAUGAAGGGCUUUGUAUACCAAUAAAAGGACUUUAGUGAUCAUUUCCGUGUGUCCGCGCGUUUCACUCGACGAAAGGAAGAAAAAAGAUCGACUGCUUGUAGUCUAAGUUAGAUCAUGUUUUUUAUUUCAAUAGGCCGUUGGAAUAUCUGUGGAAUUUUGUUCACAUAUUGCUCGAGCUUUCACUGUGAACAGACAGCCAACCCGUGUAGAACGAGCAAAAGAAGCCUUGGCUAAGAUGGGUAGCUCUGUAAGUUUGCAGUUGAAUUCAAACAGUCUUAAUUCUUUACUCCUAAAGAUGCCUCACCUCCCCCCCCUCCUUUUGAUUUCAUUCACAGAGUAAAAAGGUUAAAAAACAUACUAAAUAAAAAGCACCAUGUGAAAACGCUGAUUUAUCAGUUGAUUGGUCGAAUCAUAGUGGAGGAAAGAUUUUGUACGCGAUCUCUGAGGAACAUAAAUUUCUUAAGUUGCUGUUUCAAAGCAGUUGUGAGGGACGUAGAAAAAAUGAGACACAUUUGGAAAACAGUCGAUGUACCAGAUGGUAUAAGAACCCAAAUAAAAUAUUGUGUUAUCUCUUCUUGUCUUGAGACAUGUUAGUUUUCAGUUUACUUGAUAGGUACAAUCCAUUUGAAGCACUGUCAACAAAAUAGUAGGGUUCUGUAAUCUGUGGUUAAAAUUGACCAAAAUUAUUUUGUUGUUAUUACUUCUUGUAGGUGUUGAGUGGAAUAACGCUUACCAAAUUUUCAGGAAUACUGGUACUUUACUUCGCAAAAUCUCAAAUAUUUGAGGUAUGUACUUAGUAGUAUUUUGUCAUUGACAUAACAAAAGACUUUACGAAGUCGGUAUCAGGUACGAGUAUGCAAAGUACCAGCGGUCUUGAACUACAUUAUUUCAUGUGGCAUGACCUGAAAGGAAUUUCGUAACAAGAGAACAUUCAAAACAACAACAGCCUUUUAUAGACUCUCAAACCAUUGAUUUUUUAUAUAUAUAUAUAUAUAUAUAUAUAUAUAUAUAUAUAUAUAUAUAUAUAUAUAUAUGUAUAUAUAUAUAUAUAUAUAUAUAUAUAUAUGUAUAUAUGUAUGUUGUGUAAAAAAACGGUACCGUAAGAAAGCUGUUUUUUUACACUGAUAUUUUUGUAAAAAAACAGCUUUUUUACAAAAAUAUAUUUUGUAAAAAAACGGUCCUACACUAAAUGUUGCUGGCGAAUUCAGCUUGUGUUCAUAUUAAAGUUGUUUAGCCUUUACAAGUGUUUUCGGGCUUAUUUCUCGAUCUCUAAAAUAAAACACGCAUUGCCGUACGUUACAGACCUCCUUUAUAGUCCCUAAUUGUUGUAAACAAAUCGGCUGCUGUUUUUAUGGCCUUAUAAAGUUGCUCUGUGUAUUGCAAAAAUUAGACUAACAAGCGAGUGUAUGUACGCUUGUAGCUAUAGGCUAGCGUUUCCUUUUGCUUGAUUAGCCGACUGAACAUGUUCCUACAUCAUGUUGAAAGCUUAAAGUUGUAACGCAGACAUGACAAUCUUGCAUGCAUCAACAUGGAUUUCAACAUAGCAUGAAUCCCGUGACAGAAGUUUAGCGCAUCAUACAUAAUACAGGAAAUUGCCUAACAAUUGCUGUCGUUGAUUCUUGCUGGAGAUUUUAUGCUAGAAAUGGACUUAAAAUUUAUUUAUCCACUGCUAAGAGCACCAAAGCAUUAUAGCCAAGUAUUUUGUUGACAGUUAAACCGAUUAUUGCAGCUGAUAACCUUGGGAAAAUAGAUAAAUAAUACAGAACAAUAUUCUGUACAGUUUUCGGCUUGAACAAAAGUAGCAAUGAAGGAGAGAAUAGAAGGCUUUGGUUGCUGCAAGAGAUUGUGACAGGCAUUGCUUAUAAAUAAGACAGUGAAUAACCCAGCUAUUCUAUUAUUGCCUAACAUGCUGCCUUGCGUGACCUCGGCCGAUAAGCAUAACAAAUGAAAUUACUGCCUGUUCCUUCUUCGCAUCCAACAAUUAGAAGGUCCUGGAAAAUUGAAUGACAAAGGAAACAAGAAGAAAUAAUAAAAAGAAUAAAAAGAACGUAAAUUUUUAACGCUGUCAGCGAGUUAACAAGGGAAUUUAAAUGCCCCACAAUAAAGGGGACACGGGAACGUGAACGUGACUAGCCGGAUAUCUUAAAAUGUACGGUUUGAGAAGCGCACGAAAACUACAGUUCAAUAAAUUUCGAACCAUGCUAUAGAAAACAGUCUUUCUUCGAUAAAUGAGUUUGUCAAAUUAAUGGUCUAUACGUGUAAAAUAGCAGGAUUUUUACAUAAAAAGGCAGCUUUCUUACAAAAAUAUCUUUUAUAACAAAACAGAUUUUGUACAUAAAAAAGCAGCUUUUUUACAAAAAUAUAUUUUGUAAAAAAGCAGCUUUCUUACAUAAAAAAGCUGCUUUUUUACAAAAAUAUAUUUUUGUAAAAAAGCAGUAUUUUUACAACCGGUUAAUUUGUAAAAAAGCAGUUUUUUACACAAAAAAGCUGCUUUUUUACAAAAAUAUAUUUUUGUAAAAAAGCAGUAUUUUUACAACCGCUCAAUUUGUAAAAAAGCAGCUUUUUUACAUAAAAAUGACGCUUUUUUUACAAAGACCGUUUUUUUAUGCAACAUAUAUAUAUAUAUAAAUACUUGUAUUCUGGGUAGAACGUAUUCCGUAGAGCGCUCAAUUCAUUUAAUAUAUAAAAUCUGUGACCAAUAGUUCAACAAAUUUUCCUUAUUUUUAUUUUGAAAUAUUAAGAUUUGCCUCAAAUUUACAAGGUACGAGUACAAACGCCCUUUUUAAAUAGUUAUCGCAGGCCUUGUGAGAAAAAUCGUUUGCUUGAAUGUCAAUCAAACUUGUACAAAAUCACGAGUACAUUCAACAAAAUUUGUGUGUGGUUAGCCGUGAGCUUAUUUCCUUAAACAGGAAACUCUGCUCCAGUUAAGCUCUUUUCACCCAGCUGUGUAACCUGCAUCCUCGGAGACCCAGGGGCGGUCAGUGGGGCCGGGAGAAAAGGCUCGACGAAAGUUUUCAAGCACAGGCGGAAAACCCCUUGGGUACCGACUCUCACCGGAUCAUUUCCAAACGGUCAAGCGAAUGCUGGCUCUUGAUUGGGCACAAAAAAAUGCUUUGUAUUAUUGUGCCCAAUCGGCGAAAAGCAUCCCCAAGGGGUACCCAGGGGCUCUUCCGCCCAUGAUUGAAAACUUUCGUCGCGCCUGUUCUCCUGGCCCGACUGACUGCCCCUGGGUCUCCGAGGAUGUGUAAGCUAUUCUUGGCGACGCAUUAGGAAGCGCUCCAAUCGGCGCCAAAAAUCUGAAAGUGGAGUUUUUGCAUUCUGGGCAUUGUUUUGGCCCAAAUAUUCAGGCAAAUCAGCGCGCAAGGAUAGUGGUGUCCGACAGCCCGAGGCUAGUGGAUUUUGCUUUUGAGCAAGUGAAUUCUGUUCUUAACUUACCCGAUGGGCAAGUUAAUUUUGUUUUUGAAAUUCAAAUUACCGAAGAACUGUAAUAAAUCCUGCUCAUCAAAAUUUAUUUUCGGGCUAGUUGAAAUGACGUUUGGGCUAGUACAUAAUAGCUAAAGUUUGCGGGAAUGGCAAGCUGUACAGCUGAUUUUCUUUGCACCCUGCAAAUCGUGUUUGUAAGAGAAAAGACACUUCGCAAGCUAUUGCAGUGAAAGCCGUAUGGCUCGUGUUCGCCAUAGCACUUCAUCCUCUUUUUGUUUCUUGUUUUGUCGUGUUUUAAUUAAUACCCUUGUUUUGCCAAUACCCAUACGUGUAAUAUUAUUGAAAGGAACGUGGAUUACAAAUUCGUACGUGUAAAUAGCUUUGACCCUUUCCGUAUGAAACAGCACAUAACGGGGAUCCAAAACAACAGCUCGGUCAGUAGAGAUGAAAUUUUGCUUAAUUGUGCUUCUAAGAUUCCCUUAAAUUUUUUUUUAAUUUAAAGGGGAAACUCUGUUUGGUUUCCGUUGUUCAAAACAGAGAUAGUGCUUUAUUUAUCUAGUGGAAAUUGCAAUUAGUUUUCUUAACAAUUCCACAAUCACUAUCCAGUUUGAAGUACUAUCAAGCGUUUGAACAAGGUGGGCGUGUGUAUGCGAUGUAGCUUCCCCAGUUAAUCAAGUUCUGGAUUUCACAAAUUAAAUGAACUCAUAGACUCUUUCAUGCCUCAUGCUGUGGUAUAGUUUUGGGGUAUUAAGACGUGUACAUGUGCGUUGAUCAGAAAAUCUUUAAAAGCAAGUUCUCUCCAAACUUAAUUUUGUUGUCAAAGUGUGAAAAAUGAAUUUUACUCUUCCCGACCAAUAACGCCUGGAUUGUUUUUUUUUUUUUCCUUUCGUUUUGGAUAAUCUGUAGGGCAAAAUUUUAAUAGGGAAAGGGUCAAAGCCAGCCUUAAACUGGCCAAUUUUUUUAUUUUUAUCUUUGCAGGUAUUCUACUUCCGUAUGUAUGUUGGCAUAGUUAUUUUAGGGGCUCUACACGGCCUUUUUUUUCUGCCAGUAUUUUUGAGUUACGUCGGUCCACCGCCCAACAAGACAGUCCGCUCACCUUCAGGCAAAAACAUCGUUCACUCAACGUCUGAGAGAGCGCCUUUAUUACGCAGUUAAUUUGACGCCAAUAAAUUUAACAAAAAAUAACAUUAACAGGAUUAAUUACCCCUUUCACUCCUUGAGUCCUAUGCAAAGAAUUUGAACUUUUGAUUCUGUUGGUAAAAUCUUAAAACGCUUCUCUCCUCCGCAGAGGUCGGCCGGCAAGGCCCUGGGGGCGAGGACCAGGAACUCUGGUCUUAAGUCCUAGAUUUUAUGACUUCCGGUCAUUUCCUGAUUUUCUACAGCGUUUAACCCCUCUCCCCAGCCUUCCUAACACACAACAGGGUAUUCUCGUCCCCUGAGCCUCGUGGUCCUCGUGCUCAGGCCUCGCCGGCUAAGGGAACAGGAGGCUCCGGGGACGAGAAUCCCCUGUUGCGUGUUAAAGAAGCUGGGGAGAGUGGUUAAAGGUUGAUCUUCCACCGCGCGCUUCUUGUUUUUUAAUUAUUCCUAUUUUAUUGGAAUAAUAAUAAUAAUAAUGAAAUUUAUAUAUUCUAAGCGCUUUACAAUGUAAAAAAGGAGAUAAGAAUAUCAUUAAUCAUUAAUAAUUGGACUACCCAUCGGGGGCCGCUGCGGAGAAGAUAGCUAACAUAUCGUCAUCUUUCCAAUCAAAGCUACUGAGCAGUACCUUCCUUUGUGUCUGAAAAAAAAUCCUGUGGUUUAACCAGUCAAAUAAAACUUCGCCAAUAGCACUAUCACAUGGUGCUGUUUGUUUUUCACUAUUGUGCAAAAAAAGACUCUAGAUUUAGGCUCUUGGGAGUGAAAGGACUAACGUAAUCGUUGAGGUCUCUAACUAUAACGAUCUUUUGGCUUAGGUAUUCUACUUUCGCAUGUAUCUCGGUGUUGUGUUGAUUGGAGCGUUUCAUGGACUCAUUUUCUUACCCGUUCUAUUGAGCUACAUUGGGCCAAUGUCAACACGCACAUUGAAGCUUCCGGACCAUUCUUCUCUGAGAACGCCCUUUUAUGACGGUACAGAGGAACGGCGGCCGCUUCUGACCGAGCGCACCUCUAUACAAUGA